AUGCAUGCCGACCGCCAGCGCCUGUUCUUUUUUGUGUUCCUGGCCUUGCUGUUCGUUAAGAUUGCCUCGUGGCUGCUGGGCUCGAUCAUCUUCACGCUAACGGAGCCCGGCUGGACGUACUGGGACUCGCUGGUCUUUACGUUCUUCAACAUUCUGACGGUUGGCAUGCAGGACCGCGUAGCAUUCUCAGCCGCCGGCAUGCCGCUCUACCACGCGUUUACCUACAUCGACAUACUAAUCACAGCCGCCAUUGACGGCGUCCUGUUCCAUCUGCUGUACAACCUUGUGCCCUGGUCGCGGUACGGCGCCAUGGCACAGGCUCUAUUGGCGUCGGUCGCUGGCAAGGUGUUGCGUAAGCACCGGCCGGUUGGCGCCGAUGAUGUGGCCGAAGAGGAGAGCGCCACAGCCCAAGGAGCAGGACCAUGGCUUUGA